AUGGAAAGGAAGAUAGCAAGGUUCCAAACGGCUAUUGAUGAAUUUUCUCCUUGCAAUCAUGCAACAAGUGCCCUUUAUAAAAAGAAACUUCACAUUAUCCUGUUGAAUACUUCCAGUGACGCGUUGCUCAAAUACAUGCGUAUAAAGCUUUUACCUCCCGGUACCUUGUCGCUUCAAAUGCCACAUCUAAAAGACCUGUCCCAACGCCAUGCCAUGUUAUCCUCCGCCCAUGUCAUUACAGAUCGUGGUCCUCGUAUCCCGAAUUUGGUUUACGGAGAGGGUCCUCCUUCUGAGCCUUCGUCUUAA